AUGACAGGUCUGUGCGUGCGGUCUUCGACAAGAGGUGCUGCUCUCUGCGCCGCUCAGGAUGUCGGAGCUGCUGCUCACCUUGCCGUGAGGGCCUCGGGCUGCCCGACUCACAGCACACCGUCGGACCUGUCGCUCGCCUUGCCGCGAGGGCCACCUGAGCCGCCGCCCACCUUGCGGCGAGUGAUGAUGAAGCCAUUGCCCUCGCCUCCUCUCCUCACGCAGGCUAUCGGCGAUGAAAAGAAUUGUCCGCGGCAAAGCUCGAGCAGUAGCAGCUUGGGGCUGUCGGACACCUCACCACAUAGAGCUCAGCUUCAGCUAGACGGUGGAUCGAAGGCCAGCGUAUCUGUCUUCGUCGGCGACCGUGGUCUGUGCAUCUGGACGGAUGACGCAUUUCAUCAAACGAUUGGUAUUCGCAAAUCACAACUAGCAAGAAAAUUUGACUUUGCAAAGCACGUGAGACGAAGAAUGGAUCCUAGGCUACGAACCUGGGCAAAGGAGAUGGCAGGGUCGCCGGAGUGCUCAACAGCUAUGACCAUGCCACUACGGCCGCCUAGGUCGGAGGAGAGCUCGGCGAGGCACGAGCCUCGCCGUUCCUCGGGAGGAGCCGUUGGCGCCGCCGAGCUCCCAGACCCGGAGCCCGCUGAAGAAAGUCAGAGAGGACAUAAAAUUUACAAGGGUUUUAGUCUAAAUACCAGACAUCCAAACAGGCCUUUGAUGCAAGGGUCAAGUAGUUUGGAAAUCGCUUUGUCAUUGUCCCCUAGCAGCACUGUACAGCAUGCCGUUGCUGGUGGCAACUUAUUGGUUGGCUGUCUUAUCUACGAGGCGUCGUUACUCGUCACAACCAGCCGGCCCCGGCUGCCGGCAGCGUGCGUGGAUCAGCAGCCAGCAGGAGUGCAGGACCAGGGACCAGAGAGUGUACUGCGAUCUGCUCUUGUCUCGUCUCCCGUGUGA